UUUAGUGCGCGAUGCAUCUAAAUCAAUUCAUUUGAAUUCGAAUUGAGAAGAGAAUUAUUUGUAGCGAUAGUUUAAUUGUAUCGUCGGUAAAUUGAAAUGGUCACAAAUUGAAGUGCUCUUUCAAAUGAUAGAUGAGCUUCAUGCAGUUCAAAUCACUAAUAUGUGCGAGGGUUUUUACCCAUUAGGUAUGGUAGGCAUCUACCAGUUGUCACGUUUCCUUCAGCUUCAUACAAGGAGAGCUCUGAGCAAUUCAAAAACACUGGAUUUGGUGACAAAAAAUUGUUGAUUCAUAAUUCAUUACAGCUUGAUUGACCAACUGGUCGGUCGCCGCUCACCAUGCCGGGAGUGUGGAGCAAGUUGACGCCCGAGGUGGUCGGCCGGAUACCACCGGCCGCCGCCAUGAACGCUCUCUCCGGCGCCGCCAUGUGCCUCUGGAUCGGACACUUCCUCAAGAGAUACGCCCAGCGACAGAAACGAAUAAAAACGUCACAAACAAUGGAUCUUGGUGUAACUGAUAAGGCGUCGUCUAAGAAGGAGCGGGCGGCGGUGGACGCGGUGUUUUUCCGCCGUCUGCGCCGCCUGCUGGGUAUCCUGAUCCCGGGUCCACUCAGCUCGCCGGUUGCCUACAUCGUGCUGGUGGCGCUCGUGCUGGUGGCCCGCACCGCCUGCGACGUGUGGCUCAUCAAAAACCACACCAUGAUCGAAACCUCUCUGAUCGGCGGCAGUCGGUCGGCGUUCCUCUCGCACGCCUGGGACUACACCCGCAUGAUGCCCGUGGUGUCGCUCAUCAACAACCUGCUCAAGUACAGCCUGAACCAGCUGCAGCUGGACCUGCGCGUGAGGCUGACGCGCCACCUCUACGACCAGUACAUGAAGGGCUACACGUUCUACCAGAUGAACAAUCUGGACAACCGGAUCCAGAACGCCGACCACCUGCUGACCAACGACGUGAACCAGUUCUGCACGGGCCUGGUGGACCUCUACUCGAACCUGUCCAAGCCGCUGCUGGACAUCGUGCUGUACGUGCAGCGGCUGUCGGCCGGCCUGGGCCGCCAGGUGCCCGGCUACAUGAUCGCCUACCUGCUCGUGUCGGGCCUGUUCCUGACCAACCUGCGCCGCCCCGUCGGCUCGAUGACGGUCAAGGAGCAGAAGCUGGAGGCCGAGUACCGGUUUGUCAACUCGCGGCUCAUCACCAACUGCGAGGAGGUGGCCUUCUACCAGGGCAGCGAGCGCGAGAAGAUCACACUCAACAGCGAGUUCCGCAAGCUCAUCGACCACAUGAAGACGCUGCUGCACUUCAAGUUUUCGGUGGGCUUCGUGGACAACAUCAUCGCCAAGUACCUGGCCACGCUGGUGGGCUGUUUCACGGUGAGCAUUCCGUUCCUGGCGGCGGCCGGGCCGAUGGCGGGCCUGCCGCCCGGUCAGCGCCAGCAGCGCUACUACGAGAACGGCCGCAUGAUGGUGCGGCUGGCGGAGAGCAUCGGCCGCCUGGUGCUGGCCGGCAGGGAGAUGACGCGCCUCUCCGGCUUCACCGUGCGCAUCUCAAAGCUGCUCGAGGUACUGAACGACCUCAACAACGGACACUACGAGAGGACCAUGCUCACGCCGCAGAGCAACGGUCUGAAGUCGUCAUCUUCGUCCAGCAGUUUGGCCCGACCCGUCAUGGCGCUGGACCCCAAGGCCGGCAAGGUGGUGCUGCAGGAUCACAUCAUCAGGUUCGAGCACGUGCCUCUGGUGACGCCCAACGGAGACGUGCUCGUGCAGGAGCUCAACUUCGAGGUGCGCUCCGGCAUGAAUGUGCUCGUCUGCGGGCCGAACGGCUGUGGCAAGAGCUCGCUGUUCCGCAUCCUUGGAGAGCUGUGGCCCGUGUUCGGCGGCACGCUCACCAAGCCGGACCGGUCUCAGCUGUUCUACAUCCCUCAGCGGCCGUACAUGACGCUGGGCACGCUGCGUGACCAGGUGAUCUACCCGGACACGGUGGCGGCGAUGCGGCGGCGCGGCCGCACCGACGAGUGGCUGCUGCAGCUGCUCGAAGAGGUCCAGCUCGGCUACAUCCACGAGCGUGAGAAUGGCUGGGACGCCGUGGCCGACUGGGGCGACGUGCUCAGCGGCGGCGAGAAGCAGCGCGUGGCCAUGGCGCGCCUGUUCUACCACCGGCCCCAGUUCGCCAUUCUGGACGAGUGCACGUCGGCGGUCAGCGUGGACGUCGAGGGCUCCAUGUACAGCUACUGCCGCAAGAUGGGCAUCACGCUCUUCACCGUGUCCCACCGCAAGUCGCUCUGGGUCCACCAUGAGUACUACCUGCAGAUGGACGGACGCGGCGAGUUCGUCUUCAAGCCCAUCACCGAGGGCACGGACCAGUUUGGCUCGUGAGCCGGGCAGCGGCGGUAGGCGGUAGGCAGCCAGCGCUCGGCCAGGCGCCGGUCAGUCCCCGCCGGACGCUGUCCCUCGGUGGGAAGCAGUCCCGUUCGGGGGCCCCGCCGGCACCAGCCAUAGUCGAGACUGGGCCCGCCCCGGUGUGCGGUCUGUGAUAGACGACGUGCAUAACCCACAGCGCCGCUGAGACGCGACAUCCAGGUCCCCGGCGGCGCUUAGGGGGACUAGUGGGCGGUUAUUUAAUAGCUGUAGCCCUCAUUUUUAGCUCGAGUGGUAUUUUGUAUUCGAAUUAAAUUUUGAUUUAUUGGGGUUAGAACCCCGACUCCCGACAGCCAUAAAUGUUUGUGUGUGAAUGCAUGUGUAGAUAUAUUUCCUCACGCGAGAACCUAGUCUCAACACACAUUUCAACGUCCAAACUGACUUCACUUUACGCUAGGAUUUAGGAUUUAUUUUGUUUCAUUUUGCUCAAUGACCUGGUCCAUUUUAUAUGCACUUUUACAUCCUACCUGUUCAGCGAUGAACUCGUGUUCAUGGUCGGUAGCGUCAGCGCGUCUCAAUGAAUGCUAGCAUCUACUAUGCUAUUAGCACUGAGGGCGGACGCGUGAAUUUCAGACCUCUUGAAUUCGUUAGUUGUACCUGUUCGAAUGAUUGUGUGGUCAGUGGUGUGUGCUAAUGAGCAUACCAGACUGGUACGCAGUGAGUGCCGUUCGGAAGUCACGAAGACUGAUGUGUGAUCGAUUUGACUGCCAACUGGAUACGUGCAAUGGUUGGGUUGUUCGUUAGAAGUAAUUUGACAGUGAGCAUAUGUGAGAGCUUGCGACGUGCGUCUGCGUGCUAUCAUUAUGCCCACUGGUGAUCAGUGGUGGAGGAGCUAUAAAUGCAGCUCCAAUGGAUGCGUCUCGAGCUUUGCGUGGUGCAGAACAGGCGUCGGUUGUCCUGAUUGAGUGGGGCUGGGGGUCGUAGGUAGUUUUUUUUUUUUUUUUGGCCAGAAUCGCAGCUGUGGCAGGAGUGUGCGCUGUUGGGCUAAUUCUGCGCGUGGCGACUUUCUAGCAUCAAAUCGGUGAUGUUUCGCUCUGUUCGGCGUCGUGCUCUUGUCGCGACGCCGGCAGGGUCGCGGUUGUGGCUCGCGUCCGUGCAUCGACGUGUGAUAGGCUCUCAAUGAUUACUCAGUGCACAAUUCUCUUCUCUUGACGCAGGGUUUAUGCCUUAAAUCGGUGGCAGAAGCAGCAGUGCGUAUCUAGAUUGACUUGCUCAGUCCGACCCUGCCACCGAUCAUGGGUGUGAUACGAGUUGCGUCGAGAGAGCAAUACAUACACAUAAGAACC